GGUUUAAAAAUCAAGUGAAGAGUGAAGGUUAGGAAGGUGAAACGCUCGCAGAGCAGAGUCGAACGACGAUGUCGUUGUAGUGUGUAGGUUUCUUCCUCUUCUUCUUCUUCUUCUUCUUGUUUCCCCUAACAUCAAAUCCAACACACUCUCUCUCUCUCUCUCUCUGUGCCUUCGAUUCCAUUGGAGUAACUCUGGCUAUUGUUGAUUAGUCAAACCUCAAAAUUCCUGGACACUAAUUACAGCAUCUGUUCUGAAAUCCUCUGCAUGCAAGAUGGGUGAUGACCGCCAACAUGAAAACGGUAGGCAUAAGAUGGAAUACUACAGAGGAGCUCGUUCACCGUGGGAUAUGGAUCACCAGCAUCAAGUAAAGGAGCCAAAUGCACUAGUUAUGAACAAGAAACUUAGGUCUAUUAUGGCUGAAAGGCAAGCUGCCCUUCUAGAACUUGAGCUAGAGGCUGCUAUAUCAGAAAAGAAUGAAGCCUUGGCUGCCCGAGAUUUAGCCCUUCGGCAGAGGGAUGAAGCACUUGCUCAGAGGGAUAAUGCCCUAUUGCAACGAGACAAUGCCCUUGCAGCCCUUCAAAAUCGAAACAGUGCUGUCAACUUCCCUUUCAGUGGUGGAAGUCAACGUGGAUCGAAGUGGAUUCACCAUUCUCCAAACCAUCUCUCUGACAUAACAGAAACUUCAUACAUCACAAAGGAUAUGAUAAUAAGGGAUGCAUCACCAGUGACUAUUGUAACUCCUGAAGAUGUCAGAUCUCAUCAAGCUAAGAGAACGAAAGAGAGCAAGGUAAUUAAUUCCAAGUCAUCGAAGCCACCUUGCAAAGUAAAGAAAUUGGGUGAGGAUUUAAAUAAGAAGGCUUCUUCUGAAGGGACAAAGUUCAGAUCUGAAUGGGAUAGUCAGGAUGUUGGCUUGAAUUUGAUUGCAUUUGAUGAAACUAUCAUGCCAGUCCCAGUUUGCACAUGCACCGGCAUAGCACGACAGUGCUACAAAUGGGGUAACGGCGGAUGGCAGUCAUCUUGUUGUACCACCACAUUGUCGGUGUAUCCGCUACCACAGCUUCCGAACAAGCGCCACGCCCGCAUAGGAGGGCGAAAGAUGAGUGGAAGUGUCUUCACAAGACUUCUCAGUAAGUUGGCCUCAGAAGGCCAUGAUAUAUCUAUACCAUUGGAUCUUAAGAACUACUGGGCUAGACAUGGAACAAAUCGCUACAUUACCAUCAAGUAGCUUGCUGACAUUCAUUUAUAUCAAGUUAUGCAUUCCAAUUUGGACCACUAUCACACCCAUGCCUUGAUAAGCAGAUAUGCUUUAGUUUUGUGAACUCAGGUCAUUUUCCAAUAGAAGGCUGUUCCUCUUACUUAUUUUCAGUUACUGGUAUGGCUAGACCCAACUUUUACCUUGUAAAUGGGAUGGCUGUAAAGUUUAUUGUAUGUACAUGUGGCUUUUUAGGUUGCCAGAAGUAGACCCCUUCCAAUCCUGCAUGUUUUCAGCUUUGUCUGUCCAUUGUGAAUCCAUUAUGCAGGCAUUUUUAUCA